AUGAAAUCAAGUUUUGGCUUUCUCCUCUUGAUCAGCACACUCUUGACAACAACAACAGCUACUCCAAUCUCACCUGCUUCGACAACUGAAUCAACUGUUGCUGUUUUGUAUCCAACAGACUUCAUAUUUGUCUUCAAUCCAUCGAAAAUCUAUGCACAAUUAAGACUUACACAACGAAUGAAGCAAGUGAUGAAAAACUAA